UGUUCUGGACAAUGUGAUGUUACAAAUCACCAUACGUAGUAUUUCACAUGUAGUCAGAAAAAUUCAUUUUGGUCUCCUCUCUUUUUUUUCCACUUCUUCCAUAUGCCUGCCGUCCUUGAUGGCUUUAUUUACUAAUUAGGUGACUGCUCAAGCCAGAGAGCACUUGAUUUUAUUUUUGGGAUGUCAGAGGAUUUCAAGUUCACAGGGUGUCCCUGCAUCCUUAAAAAGUCGUAAAUUAAUGGAUCUAAAAUUAAGGCUUUAAAAUGUCUUAAUCUAUUAAAAUUCAAGUUGGCCUUAAAGACGUAUUGAAUUUUGUCGUGGCAGGACUAUUUAAGCUGGUGUAUUUUAUGUAGUUUUUUUUUCUCGCGGGACUUUACGUCAGUCAACAGUAGCGCGCAUUACGUUCUGUGAAUCGAAGCUAAUCAGGCUACCGCUAACAAGCUGCUACUUGCAGCUCAUUAGUAUAAGAUGUAUAGUCAUAGUAUAAGAUAUAAGAUGGCUAACUAGUUGGUUAGCUAGCAUUUCCCCGUCUGUCAUGGGUAAAUGCACACUUAUAGGCAGUUUGUCAAGCACCAGAUUUACCUAUGAAGAAUUGUAUUUCAAAAGAAGUUGCUGCUGUAGAGGGAAAUACUGUUGAGGAGAGCAGGGACUACAGAUGCCGAAUGACGUAAGAAAAAAAGAUGAAAAGGAAUUAAUUUUGUUAAAAAUGCUAAACCAUGCACAAUGUUCCUCCCACUUCAUAUUUAUGUGUUUAUUUAGUGUUGGUGGCUCACAUAAACCCCAAUAAAGCACGUUCAAGGCUUUACCGAGUUCUGCUGUUGACAAGGUAUCAAAAGGUGUGGACACUUUUGCACGGCUCUGCACCAACAGGGCACAGCAGCAAAAUCUGUUCACUGUUUUGAAGUCGUUUUGUGGUUUGUUUCAUUUAUUGCUAUGUGCAAGUACGGUAAUUUGUCUAUUUUAUUUUAUCACGUUGAUCAGGUGUGUCAAACUCCAGUCCUCAAGGACCGGUGUCCUGCAACAUUUAGAUGUGCCUCUGCUGCACCACACCUGAAUAGAAUAAUUAGGUCAUUAGCAAGGCUCUGGAGAACUGAUCUACACAAGGAGGAGGUAAUUAAGCCAGUUUAUUCCAGCGUUCUCUACCUGUGAUGCAUCUAAAAACUACAGGACACCGGCCCUUGAGGAUUGGACUUUGACACCUGUGACUUAGAUCAUUUACACAAUGAGUUUAGAACUGCUUCCUACAACGAGGACAGUGUUUGUGUUGAUGCAGGUCCCUGAUGAAAGUCACACUGAAGCCCUGCUGGGAGGUGUGAUGGCUGCUGCCGAAUGGGUCUCUGAGCCUUCAGGCAAAGUCAUGGUGGUUAAAACAGAGAAGCAGGAUUGCAGGGACAACAACCAUCAGAGACAAAUCAUCCUGCAGCUAAAUGGGCUAAAUAGCGACAGUGCUGGUAGUGCCACCACAGUUUUAGCGAUAGAGACGCAUCAACGUGACUGUAAAGCUGAUGAAACAGAGAUAGAGUAUGGCUACCCCAUUACUUGUGGAGACAGCACAGCAGUGCUGCUGUUUAAGAAGUUUGUCUGUCCUGGGAUCAAUGUACAAUGUGUUAAGUUCAAUGACCAGCUCAUUAGUCCCAAGCAGUUUGUACACUUGGCAGGAAAAGCCACUCUGAAGGACUGGAAAAGAGCCAUCAGAGUGGGAGGAGUAAUGCUCAGGAAAAUGAUGGACUCUGGCCAGAUAGAUUUCUACCAGCAUGAGUCAGUGUGCAGCAACACCUGCCGCAGCACCAAGCUCGAUGUGCUGAUGAACAGCACCCGGCCUCCUCCAGGGGCCUUGGUGCAACCAUGCCUGUCGUGUUUGGCUCUCGAGCCUGUUGGGGGACAGCUGCCUGCAGUGACAGGGGAAGCGGGCGUUGCAGUGGAGUUGGAGGAGUCUUUGGAGGAAAUGAUUGGACCGGCAUCAGAGCAGAGUAAUGACUCAACACCACUUGGAAACUCCACAAUCAACGGACAUCCUGCCAACAUAAAGAGAGAUGAUUCACUUGGUGCAGUGAUGAGACUUUGGAGGGGUGUAGCAGAGUCUGGCCUGAUGGUGGAUGUUCUGUCUGGUCUCCAUGAUAAACUUGUGAACACUCUUAAAGGUGUCGAGCUUCGCAGCGAGAAUGGCAGCCUACAGGAGACGGAUGCUCAUAUACUGAAUUCUCUGUGUGAGAUGUUUGGACUUUUGGACUCGGUGAAACAAGCCCUGGACUUUAGGUGCACUCAGAACCAAGAGAGUAAAGUCCAUCAAGUGCUGGAUGAGAUCUCGGAGGAACACAGGAAGCAGAGCUGCAAUCAAAGAAAAUCUUACAAGACCUCAACCUUGAAACACCUCCGACCUCACCGUCAGAGCCAGCAGAAAAGAAGUGUGCACAACUUGCUGCUGAAUGAAAGGACAAACACAGUGAUCCGUCCGCUUUCUUUCACUGGUUUAUCUGCUGCGUCUCAUGCUCAGGUCUUCAGCCAUUUCUCUGCCCCCGCUGGCUGGAGUCACCUUGUUGGAGCCGGCAGGUCAGACGGCGGUGGCCAAGGUGGCAACGAGAAAAAAGAUACCUCAGGAAAGAACAAAGAGAUGAAACAGAAGCUGGUACUUCUUCCUGGAGAUGGUCCGAUCAGAUGUGAUGAGGCGAGGAAGACAAAAAGCUCACAUGGCACCCAGAACGUUAAGUAGAUUUCUGUGGCUCAAACUGAGAGGAAAAUGCAAGAGAUUAAAUGAAAACCCACAGUGGAGACUCCACAGCCACCAAUAUGUUGUGGAACAAACCUUCCUGACUGUGAGGUAUCCCAAGUCUAUUGGAUUGGGUCUUUAGAGCUAUUAGAUGUAUGGUGGAUAUAUAAAUUAGAUCCAGAUAAAGCUACUGUACAUUUCCAGCAGAAUUUCCUGAAGAACAAUGUCUUAUUAAUGGUUACAUUGUGGUGGCUGACUGGUGUAUAAAUGAUUUUUUUGGUGUAAUAACUACAGAAACAGAGGUACAGACACACACCAGACAAAUUGUGAUGUUUAUAAUUGUUUAAAUAUGUUUAAAUAUAAUAAUUUUAGGCACUUUAUAAGAAAAAUUCAAUAAAAAAAAAAAAAAAAAUAAUUAAAUACUUUAUUGACUGUCUGACCUGUAAAGUACAUUGUUGAUAUAUAUUUUCUUAUUCUUUGCUUUUAUAAUGCUAAGACACACAGUACUCAAGUAACUUAAAAUACCAUUUUGCUUUUUAAUUCUAUACCUUUUUUGUAAUCUCAGUUGACAACAAAUAACAUCUCGAGUAACUUUACAGGAAAAUGAAGCCGCUAAUUAAUUUCCAGUUAUCUAAAAACAGAUAUCAAGAAUCAAAUCUAGUCAGGUCCUGAUCUACAUACCUUCUAACUUAAUCCGAAUUAUAAUUACAGUCAGAUUCAGUUAAUCAUUUGAGACCUAUUGGUAAAAGGUUAAGGAAGGUGAGGUGAAUGCAUAAAGUAUCAGUGGCGGACAGUUGGGGGGGACAGUAGAGAGACAGACACAGAAGCACCCAACCAGGACAGAAACCAAGGACAGAAAUACACAAGCUUAACAGCAGCAAUAGCUCACUCUCUGAUUUUGUCUAUGUAAAUCCACCCAAUUACUGAGCUCAGUGUAUCUUCUGUUGGAAGAAUAACACAGACAAGACACAAAAUUAAAUACAGCGGAAAUGUCUUUAAUGUUUUUGUCCUGGACUGGAACAAUGUUCUCAAAACAAAAGCAGAAAGUCAGGGGUAGCUUCUAGAAAAUGAAGAUAAAAAGGAGAGAAAAUAAACAUUUUGACAUUUGGGGAUAUUAAACAAUGAAUGAAUGAAUGAAUUCACUUUAUUAAUCCCACUGGAUGUUCCUUGUUAUGAAUUUUGUUAAGGUGUUUGUGCUUGUUGAGUGAGUAUAUUAUUUCCCUUUUUACUAGAAAAGGUUAACUGAGGCACCAAGUCUGCUAAAAUAAGAACCUAUCUUCUUGUAAUGCUAACACUGUUCUCUAUUCUUACCUCAUAAAAUAAAUAUUGGCAGUCGAGACAGAACCCUUUGCGAAUGUUCUCAAAUGGUUUUGUUUUAGAGGACAUCUCAAACUCUUUUGAAUUUUACAGAAAUUUUAAUAACAAAGAUUUUAUUAUUAUUAUUAUUAUUAUUAUUAUUAUUAUUAUUAUUAUUAUUAUUAUUAUUAUUAUUAUUAUUAUUAUUAUUAUUAUUAUUAUUAUUAUUAUUAUUUUAUUACUUUUUAUUUUUAUUUUUACAAAUGUAGAGGACUUUGGCACCCUACUUUAAAUGAAUGAGAUAGUUUUAUUAGCAUCCUAUGUAGUCUACUCUAUAUUAAAUGAAUUAAUUUUUUUUAAUGUUAAACAAUAAAGGACACAUUAAAGCAAGCGUUUCAUAAUUUACUUGUUAUUUCCUGAUAGUUGAUCAACCAUUAAAUCAAAUUAGUUUCUUCACAAAACGCACUCUACCCUGGGCUGUUUUUGAACUUCAAUGCAGGUAAAAAAUAAAUUACACAUAUGGGUCAAUUUUAUUUAUGGUUUGUAGCUCCUUUCAAUUUAAAAACUUUCACUUCACUUGCACUUCUCCCUGAUUUGAACGCCAGAGUUCCCCUUCCCAAAACAGAAGCUAAUGUGUGAUUCAAAAGCCAAAAAGUAAACGACCCUUCAGAGAACAUAACUCGUGUUUUCUUCAAACCAUAUUUGCUUCCACUAACCCAACGAUCACAGAUGUCACUUUCUUUCGUCAAGUCGGCCGUUUCGUAGAAAUAAUCAACCAGCCGUUUUUCCUGGUAAGAUUUCCUGUUUGUGUUCAGCAGCGCUCUGCAUGCCGAGGCUGAGAUAGACAGUGAUGGUGUUGCCUUUGACAACUUCUCUUAGAACUGUGAUGACAUGUUAUUACACAUUGCUGCACGGCACAGCCUGUCCAGAUGUAGGUGUUUGUCUGUGGUUAUGAGUGGCAGUCGAUAAAACGUCUGAUAAAAUGACUAUCAUCACUCCAAAGCUCUCAGCAUCUCUGCUGACACCUGUCCUGCUGUUUGAAUUCGCCAGUGUUUUGCAACAUCACAUUACUGCACAUUGAAAUGCAUUGCAGCCCAACACAUCCCAAUCAAAAUACGUCCUUUGUUUUAAUAAUUGUGCCUUAAAUACAUGUCUGUCGUAUAUCAAGCAGGUGUAAAUACAGGUUUCGUCUUGACAUAUGUUGGUCUCUAUACAAUUAAAUAA